AUGAAAUACUAUAACUUUUCGCCUAUUUACAGUGUGCAAAAGAAUUUUUCGUUUCAAACUGGUGACCCUAUUGGGCCCGACUCAGCCGAUUCAGAUGGAGGUACUUCAAUAUGGGGCCUGCUUAAUGGGCCAUCGAGGCGGUUUUUCCCCGCCGAAUUUCACCCUAAACUAAAGCAUACGGAACGUGGUACCGUGAGCAUGGCCACUGUACCUGGUAAUAACCCUGACGAAAGAGUGAGUGGGAGCCAAUUCAUUAUCACUACAGGAGAUGAAUUGGAUUUUCUUGACGGAAAGGCGGCUAUAUUUGGGAAGGUAGUAGAAGGAUUCGAUGCGCUGGAGAAAAUAAACAAUGCAUUUUGCGACGAUAAGGGAAGGCCACUGAAGGAUAUUAGAAUACGACAUACUAUUAUAUUAGAAGAUCCAUUUAAGGAUCCUCCAGGACUUGUAGAACCUACUGAAGACCCGGUUCCAACAAAGGCUCAGCUUGCGACAGUCAGGAUCGGGGAAGAUGAGGAUAUUAACGAGGAUGAGAAUCCAGAAGAGGCAGAACGGAAAAGGCGAGAGCGGGAAGCUAGAGCACAGGCGUUGACAUUGGAGAUGGUGGGAGAUCUUCCAUUUGCGGAUGUCAAACCGCCUGAAAACGUUUUGUUCGUCUGCAAACUUAAUCCCGUGACCCAAGACGAGGAUUUGCAUCUAAUCUUUAGCCGCUUUGGUAAUAUCCUCUCGUGUGAGGUCAUUCGCGACAAAAGAACGGGCGACAGCUUGCAAUACGCAUUUAUUGAGUUCGAGGACCAGAAGUCUUGUGAACAGGCCUAUUUCAAAAUGCAGGGGGUAUUGAUUGACGAUCAUAGAAUUCACGUUGAUUUCUCGCAGAGCGUCUCGAAGCUAUCAGACACCUGGCGAACAGCGACGAAUGCGAAACGCCGAAACGCAGCCGAAACACGUGGUUUUGGUGGUUCCAACCACUUGGAGAAACGACGGCAGUAUAAGGAGGGUGGUCAUGGGCAUCGUACCCAUAGCGGGAGCGGCGGGAGCUCCGGUUUUGUCUUUGAUGAACAAGAUAUCCGGAAACAUGAGUACUCAAAAAAAACAGACGACAAGAGUGGUGACAGAUACAAGGGUCGUAACAGAGAUAGGAGCAAAGAUCAUUAUAGACGUAAAUACUCGGAGAGAAGUAGAAGCCGCGAUCGACGUAGUGGUAGGGAUAGAGACCGAGAAAGAGGGUCUAGUCGUAGGUAUUCACAAGACAGAAGUCGAAGCCCAAGACGGGACCGCGGUCGUGAUAGGUAA